AUGCACUUGAAGUACGAGGAUCUUUCCUUAGUGGUUAAAGGGAGGAAAUCAGAGUAUGACAGUAUUCUUGCACUGGUGAGGGCAAUUGACUUUUCGAGUAACAAUUUGUCAGGAUCAAUCCCUGCUGAAAUCUCAAGUCUCUCAGGAUUGCGGUUUUUGAACUUGUCUGAAAAUCAUUUAAUUGGAAGGAUACCAGAGAAAGUUGGGAGCAUGGAAACCUUGGAAUCUUUGGAUUUGUCAAGAAACCAUCUUUCAGGUGCAAUUCCUGAAAGCAUGACAAAUUUAUCAUUCCUUGAUCAUUUGGACCUGUCUUACAACAAUUUAUUAGGAACAAUACCUUCAAGCACUCAGCUUCAAAGCUUUGACGCACAUAGCUUCAUUGGCAAUGAUGAACUUUGUGGAGCUCCUCUUACAAAAAACUGCACAAAGAAGGAAGAUUUUCAAGGUGUGAACCACAUUGAAGAAAGCAGAGAAGACUUCAUUAAUGCUGUUCUUUAUAGUAUACUUUCUACUAUGUCAUUUGAUGUUAUGUCAUAA